UUAAGAUUGACUGGUUUGAUUUCCUUGCUGUCCAAGAGACUCUCAAGUAUCUUCUCCAGUACCACAGUUUGAAAGCAUCAAUUCUUCACACUCAGCCUUCUUUAUGGAGUGCCUACUAUGUGCCAGCCUAUUGUAAGCAUUUCAGAUAUCAAUUAGCAAGUAUAUAAAUCUUCUGUUCACUUUCAGUUUCAUUCUAGUAGAUCACAUCUCAGUUGGAAUCAGUCCUAUGAGGUAAGUGUCACAGGCGACGGUGCAACCUCAGAGCAAAGCCAAGAGUAGUGUGGCAAGUGGUUGUAGACAAAGCAGUGGGUCAUCAUGGAGGCCCUUUGAGGUCAUGUUGAGAACUUUAUUCUGGUCCAGAGGCAACAUCUUAGAGGAGGGCCAUGAUCUGGCCUGCUCUUCAGAAGAGUAACAUGAGACAUAGACUGUAGCUGGACAAGGGCAAACAUGUGCUUGUAGUUUGAAUACAUCAAAUGUAUUUCUGUUUCACAGGGGUGAGAGGGAGGCUCAUGGGGGAGGGGAUACACACACACACACACACACACACACACACCCCCUUAUUGCUGAUUCAGGUUGCAUAGCAGAAACUAACAGAACAUUGUAAAGCAGUUAUCCUCCAAAUAAAUAAAUAUGUACAUAUGAAAAUGUGUUUCUAUUUCAAAGGGAAUUUCAUGUCAAAAGUUUGAGCCAAUCAGGUCUUGCUAGAGUGUAAGAAAUACAACAGAACAGCAGGGAGGUGCCGAAGAAAGGUUGUUUACUUGGGUACAUGAGUGUCUGCCUUGGACUUUGAGAAUAUGUUUAAGGCAGGAUAGAGUUUUUAGCUCAGGCUGAGUCAGAGUGUGAAGGUGGGGAGUCCAGUAACCUGCAGAGUUGUGUGUGUCAUUUACAAAACUUGCUGUUUCAAUCUAGAAUGUAAAUGUAACCUUUUUAUCCCUUCAAGUAUGUCACCAAAAAUUCUCGUAUUUGGAAGUAUGCCUUGAUCUCUUGAAAAAGGCCAUGGAGGGUAGAAAUAAUUGUAAAAUACCAGGUAUUUCAGGGGAUGGUUCAAUCUCCCAGUUCAGGAAACGCAGACUGCGGUAUAUUCACAGCUUUCCUAGGUACUCUUGGGGUCUCUAAUUCACCAAUGGCUUUUAAUUUUUUUUUUCCUAGAAGAAAAGACCUUUCUGAAUGUCAGUAGAUCCCAAAGCAAAAGGGAAUUAAUUUCUCUCUCUUCACUUUCACCACAUUACAUGGAUCUGAUGUCUAGAAGAUUUUUCUCACAUACAAAACUACAGUGUAGUGGAAAUAUAUGUGUGUGUGUAUAUAUACAUCACUGAAUCACUUUGGUGUACACCUGAAACUAAUACAACAUUGUAAAUCAGCUAUACUUCAAUAAAAAAAGAACAAAAUAACUCCGAGAAUGUUGGAGUUCAUUUGGGAAUAUUCAUAUUUUAUAUUUACUUAAAAUAUCUAUGCCUAUCGUGGAGAAGGAAAUGGCAAUCCCCUCCAGUAUUCUUGCCUGGGAAAUCCCAUGGACAGAGAAGCCUGGCAGGCUACAUGUCAUAGGGUCUCAAAGAGUUGGACCUGACCAAACAACUAAACAACAACAAUGUGUGCCUAUAAUACAUAGCAGGUGAAUAUAACACAGAGACUACUAUUUCAUUACUUCUUCUUGUGUGCUACACACAAACACUUGUUCAAUUUCUUGUUGUUACCUUGUUCCAACCUGACCCACAGGGUGUUUUAACUUCUUUUUGAAUCUGCCUUGUCCCUCCCUGUGUGUGAGCAGUAUUCUCUCUUGUCACCUGUUAGCAAUGCUCCUUCAAGGCUCAGCUGAGAUAAUUACUUCCUCUUGGAGUGUUUCCACAUUCCCAAACUCAAGUUGAAUGUUAUUGCUCUGGAAUCAUGGGCAUCCUCUGUGCUUAUCAGAUGAGUUCUCAUACGGAACUGGAAUGGCUCCCAUGGACUAAGUUGUGCAAAGGCAAGAAUGGUCCCUGACUUGUCCAUGAUUCUUGCUCCUGAUGCCUGGUUUCAUGUAUGGAACACGGCAAUCCAUAAAUAUCUGUGUGUAAUUGAAUCAAAAUACUUAAAAAAAAAUUUGGAGUCAGUUGUUUUAAUAUAGAAGUUCCCGCCCCCCCCACCCCCCGCCUUAUCUGGUCAUCAAGUUAGUGGUAUUAGUAUUGAAGUCAACUUUGACAUUUGCCUGUCAUCCAUUCAUUAAAUUAUUCACCAAGUUUUGACAGUUUUCUUAUGCAGUGUCUCUCUGAAUCCUCUUCUCAUGUCCUAAUUAAGGUCCUUGUUUUCUUUGUGGGUAAAAUAAGUUGGGAAAAUGCUGGUUAAGGAGUUAGUAGUUUGGUUAUCAUGGAACUUGACAAAACCUUUAAUGAAGGAGCAUUGUAAAUUUCUACGGGAAGAAUAUGGAGUAGAGCAUUUCCUACGUUUAUUUGAUCAGAGAAUCAUCUUUAGUCUCAGAGCAUCUGAUGUGGUUAAUGAUCGGCAGAACUUACCUGGGGAAAUGCUGGAAGAGACUGAAAAGGAGCAAGCUACCCAUCAAGGGCUCGGAGUCUUUUGGCUUUAACUUAACGGCUAUCAUUCGCCAUAGACAGCAAACACGUGGAAAGGAAGUAUGCCUGACUCCUGCCACUGAUGACCUGGCUGACUCCUGCCACUGAUGACCUCUGACCUCACAUUCCCUCAGCAGCUUGUACCAGUUUACCUUGUUUAGGUAAUAGGCUCUGAAUAUGGAAUCAUGCGCCUUAUUCACCAGUGAAGAAAGUAGCAUGUGUACUUAAUCGUGUCCGACUCUGUGACCCCAUGGACUGUAGUCCGCCAAGCUCCUCUGUCCAUGGGAUUUCUCUGGCAAGAAUACUGGAGUGGGUUGUGAUUUUCUCCUCCAAGGGAUCUUCCCUGACCCAGAGAUCAAACCUGUACCUCCUCAUCUCUUGCAUCAGCAGGUGGAUUAUUUACCACUUGAGCCAUCUGGGAAGCCGAUUCUCCAGCUAAAGACCCUGCUUUUUCUUCUCAUGGCACUUGUGGACUGCCUGCUUUCCUUGGUGCUGUCUUGCUCAUGGGGCAUUCAGAAUGGGACCACAAACGAGGGCCACGAGGAUCACAGUCUUCAGGAACCAGCAUCACUGUGGAUAUUGCCGUGAUGGGCGAGGCUCACGGCCUCAUCACUGACCUCCUGGCAGACCCUUCUCUGCCCCCCAACGUGUGCACGUCACUGAGGGCAGUGAGCAACCUCCUCAGCACUCAACUCACCAUCCAGGCCAUUCACAAGCCCAGGGUGAACCCCAUCGUGUCCUUCAGUGAAAACUACACCUGCUCUGAUUCUGAAGAAAGCUCUGAAAAGGACAAGCUGGCUAUACCCAAGCGCCUGAGGAGGAGUUUGCCCCCCGGUUUGCUGAGACGAGUUUCAUCAACUUGGACCACCACCACAUCUGCCACAGGUCUGCCCACUUUGGAGCCUGCCCCUGUCCGGAGGGACCGUAGUGCCAGCAUCAAGCUGCAUGAAGCACCUUCAUCCAGUGCUAUUAAUCCAGAUUCUUGGAAAAACCCAGUGAUGAUGACUCUCACCAAAAGCAGAUCCUUCACUUCAUCCUACGCUGUUUCUGCCUCUAACCAUGUAAAGGCUAAAAAGCAAAAUCGACCAGGUUCCCUUGUGAAAAUUUCACCUCUUUCCUCACCCUGUUCCUCACCUCUCCACGGGACCCCUGCCAGCAGCCCGGUCAGCAAAGUUUCUGCAGUGCAGUUCCCAGAGUCUUCCGACGCAACUGCCAAAUCAGGCCUAAGUUCUCACCGGGCCUUAAGUUACACACAGAGCGCCCCUGAUCUUUCUCCUCAGAUCCUGAAUCCACCUGUUAUAUGCAGCAGCUGUGGCAGACCAUAUUCCCAGGGGACUUCUGCCGAUGGGCCCCUGGAAAGAAGCGGGGCAGCCAUUCGGACACCAACCAGAACAGAUGACAUCACUCAAGUUACCUCUGAUUAUGAAACCAAUAACAACAGUGAUAGCAGUGAUAUUGUACAGAAUGAAGAUGAGACUGAGGGCCCCAGAGAGGCUCUGAGAAAGACGUCAUCUUGCAGCACCUAUGCUCCGGAGACCAUGAUGUUCCUGGAAAAACCAAUUCUUGCUCCUGAACCUCUUGUCAUGGACAACUUGGACUCAAUUAUGGAACAACUGAAUACUUGGAAUUUUCCAAUUUUUGAUUUGGUGGAAAAAAUAGGAAGAAAAUGUGGCCGUAUUCUUAGUCAGGUAUCAUACAGACUUUUUGAAGACAUGGGCCUCUUUGAAGCUUUUAAAAUUCCAGUUAGGGAAUUCAUGAAUUAUUUUCAUGCUUUGGAGACUGGCUACAGGGAAAUUCCUUACCACAACAGAAUCCAUGCCACGGAUGUCUUACAUGCUGUUUGGUAUCUCACGACACAACCUAUUCCAGGCCUCUCAACUGUGAUUAAUGAUCACGGAUCAGCAAGCGAUUCAGAUUCUGACAGUGGAUUUACACAUGGCCAUAUGGGAUAUGUAUUCUCAAAAAUGUAUAAUGUGCCUGAUGAUAAAUACGGAUGUUUGUCUGGAAAUAUCCCUGCCUUGGAGUUGAUGGCCUUGUAUGUGGCUGCAGCCAUGCAUGACUAUGAUCACCCGGGAAGGACUAAUGCUUUCCUGGUUGCAACGAGCGCCCCUCAGGCGGUGCUCUACAAUGAUCGCUCAGUCUUGGAGAAUCAUCAUGCGGCUGCUGCAUGGAACCUUUUCAUGUCCCGGCCAGAAUAUAACUUCUUAGUUAACCUUGACCAUGUGGAAUUUAAGCAUUUCCGUUUCCUUGUCAUUGAAGCAAUUCUGGCCACUGACCUGAAGAAACACUUCGACUUUGUUGCCAAAUUUAAUGCCAAGGUGAAUGAUGAAGUUGGAAUAGAUUGGACCAAUGAAAAUGAUCGUCUACUGGUUUGUCAAAUGUGUAUAAAGUUGGCUGAUAUCAAUGGGCCAGCUAAGAGUAAAGAGCUCCAUCUUCAGUGGACGGAGGGUAUUGUCAAUGAAUUUUAUGAACAGGGUGAUGAAGAGGCCAGCCUUGGGUUACCAAUAAGCCCCUUCAUGGACCGUUCCGCUCCUCAGUUGGCCAACCUUCAGGAAUCCUUCAUCUCACACAUCGUGGGUCCUCUGUGCAACUCCUACGAUUCAGCAGGACUGAUGCCAGGGAAAUGGGUGGAAGACGGCAAUGAGUCAGGAGACACGGAUGACCCAGAAGAGGAGGAGGAGGAAGCACCAAAUGAAGAGGAAACCUGUGAAAAUAAUGAAUCUCCAAGAAAGAAAAUUUUCAAAAGGAGGAAAGUCUACUGUCAAAUUACUCAGCACCUCCUGCAGAACCACAAGAUGUGGAAGAAAGUCAUUGAGGAGGAACAGCGGUUGGCGGGCAUAGAGGACCAGUCCCCCCAGCAGCAUCCCUCAGAACAGAUCCAGGCCAUCAGGGAAGAAGACGAAGAAAAGGGGAAGCAGAAAGGAGAGGAGACCCCAGCCCCAAAGCCAAACCAGUGACAAUGGAUAGAAUGAGCUAUGUUUCCAAACAGAGUUACUUGUCACACAGACUCUUUUCAAGCCAGCACAAUACUUAGACACAACACUGUAGAAAUACAAGAAGAUGGGCAAAUGGCUACGGCAUUUUGGGAUUCUUCGCAUUUUAUGUGUUUAUUUUUACAGUGAGGUACAUGACUUAAAAAACUCUCGCUCAGAGAAGCUUUCACAUUGUAACACCAGCUUCCAAGGAUUUUUUUUUUUUUAAAGAAAGAAGUAUAUAUGUGUGUGUGUAUAUAAGCUCUCACGUAGAUCCAUGUAAAACAUAUUCACAGACACACAUGCAAACAGACACACUGAAAGCUGGGAUUCCCGGCCCCACAAUUUAGUAACAUUCAUAUUAAGAUAUAUAGUGGUCACUGUGAUAUAAUAAAUCAUAAAGGAAAACAAAUGAAGGAAAACAAAUCACAAAGGAGAUGGUGCGGCUUAGCCCAGAAGCAGUUCAGCAAAUGAAGUUAUGACUAAGGAGCGUUUGCUCUUAGUCCUGAGGGAUGAAAGCUCCAGAGCAUUGUUUGAAUUCUGAUACAUCCUGCCAACAUUGUAUGCGUGUGUGUGUGAGAGAGAGACAGAAGUGAUGCUCAGGUGUAUGUGCGUUUGUGUGCACUAAAGAGAGAAUUGGCUUUGGUGGUUCACAGCAUGGCUGCAGCAGAGGACUCAGCACUGGUGAACAAACAGGAUGAAGUGCACUCUGGAGUGUCUCCGCCUCUAUCUGGUUUCAGUAGAAGCCCCUCUGCAGACGGAGGGAAUUAGCAGAAUGAGGGAGGGACAGGGCCACAGGUCUGGUUCUCCUGCCGUCACCAGCCUUAAGCCCGGAAGACUGAGGCAUUUUCCAGUCUAGUCGCCGAAUGAAUGUAUACGAGCUGUUUGUGAGUAUGUCUGCCAUUCACCUAAGAUCAAUUUGCCAUGGAAGGGGAUGGCAUUCUUUACACAGAAACACCUCAGAAGGAGCUGGAGUCAGGUCUUUUCAUCAGGUGAGAAUUCUAAAAGGUAGCCAGAGAAGACCUGGGAAACGACUCUUCACUGGGCUCUCCCAUGUCUUAAUUUGCUGCAAAAUGUGUGGUAGGAAAAGAAAGGAAGGAAGGCAAACAGAAACCCACUCUGGGAUAGACGGUGAGAGAUGAAGGGGAAAUUUUUCAACCUAGGGUUUGGUAUUUAUUGACAUAGUGAAAGCCUGAUUCUUGGCGGCUGUUGAAGGUUGACUUUUAGUUGGCUAAAGUUGCACGGACAACCCUGUUGUAUUCCAUGAGGGGUGUGAUGGGGUGGCUUGUAUCUGCAGCCUGGCCCAUUGUCAUGUUUCUUUUGGCAGGGAGGACUUGAGAGGGAUUUGGGGGAUUGGGCCUAUCAUUGAAAGUCUUUUUUUUGUUUGUUUUUGGUUUGUUUAUCUACACUUGUUUAUGUUGUGAGCCAAACCUCUAUUUAAAAAAGUUGAUACUCACUUUCAAUAUUUUAUUUCAUAUUAUUAUAUAUUUGUCAUUAAUAGUUAUCUUGAUGUAAAUAUAAAGAUUUGUGUUUCUGUAGAUAGUUAACUUUUUUUUUAAGGGAAAAGGGAAACAUUUUUAUAAAGUUCUAUUUUAAUCACCAUUUUUAUACAUUGUAGCUAUCUCCAAACCCAGUAAGAGUGAUGGUUCAUUUGCAUGAGGUCUAUGAACACCCACUCAUCUACCUGUUCUAAUUUAAAUAAUCAUCUGAUACAGUUAUUUUAUGCCAAUUAAAUGAGGAUGCUGCAAACAACGUUUUUUCACUAGUAAGUAACUUCCGGUAACUCUUGGAUCCGUGUCUCCCAAGCAAAAGACCAUCUUAAUCCCGAAUGUUUAUAAUCAGUGUCCCUUUCUUCCCAAGACUUUUUGCUCCUAACUUUUCCUUCAGUACAGCACUAUAUUCAAGCCUGUUCAUCAUCUAAACAACCUUAGCUUCAAGUAAAUCUAACUUGUAAUUUCUACUUUUUAUUUCCUCUGAAAUCAUAGAAAAGAGUGUUUACAUUGAAAUGCCUUUGUUUCUCACUAAUGGAUACUCUUCCCUUCUAAAGCAAUGAUUAUACAAUAAUCCAUGGCAUUCUUAAAGUAAGGCAAAGAUAGUACAUUCAAACAUAAAGUUUCAAGGCAACUUUCCCAAUAAGUAGUAAAAUAUGAAAAUGAUCAAAUGGAUGUAGGUUCUACCUAAAUGAGAUUUUUUUUUUUUUAGUCAAUACCAGGUCUUCAUUAUUUAGGACUUACUGAGUAUUUUCCCCCUUGUAUUGCCUGUGUGUCCUUAUGUUUGCAAAACUUACUGUGAGUCAAAUACAUUUCCCAAGCAAAUUUAACUAUUUUCCUUUCGUUGCAAAUAACAGAAGGAUUUAGAAAAGCACUUAUAUUCACAUACCUCUUGUAUCUAAUUACUUAACAAAGUUAAUCUUUUCCCCUGCUCCAAAUACCAUAAAUAUAAAAGUCAAGGGGAAAAAAAGGUGUUGAGCAAGUUGAAUGGCAGCAAAAUACUUCUAAAUUCAUAACCGUGUAUUGGUGGUUUCAUCAAAGCUCAGUAACCCCAGCUAGGAGCCAACCUGGCUGCCAGAGUAGACGUCUAAGCACGUGGCCUGAUUUUCAUUUUGUUUAAAGUACGUGAAAUAAUGAUAGCUGAAGCAGUUAGAACCUCUUCAUUCCAGAACUGUGCUCAUCAGUCCAGGCAGAUUAACCAUUUGUUCUUCCAAGAUAAAUUGCCCAUGUGUUAAAGCUAAAAGUCAGUUCAAAAAACGGAAUGGCGAUUCAUCAAGUGUGUAACUUUCAUACUACCCCUACCUACAUCCCAAAGGAUGCCGAGGGACAUGAAAAGAUACUUUCUGCUAGUGAUGGUCUCCCUGUCCUUGGCGACAGCAAUAUUACAGUGUUCCCUUCCAGCUCCAAAGCUUACUUCCUGUGGUGCCAGUGUAUUUGUUGCAAUUUACUACAUUUUUAUAUGAGCCUAAUUAUAGGUGCCAUUAGAUAAACUCAGGUCUUACAAAUGAAGGAAUGUCUAGCCCUCUUACGGAAAAGGAGAAUUGUAUGGACAGCCAUGAAGUUAAUGGUAGGAAAAGUAGGAAUUGGUGACCUUGAUGCUUGUGGUCGCUCUCUGUUCAGUAAAAGACCAGGUAUACUAAAUGUGUCACCAAUAUCAUUUCCUGCAAGCUGAUAGAAUGUCUUUCUGGUUAUCAAUCUAAGCCAACCCUGAGGAUAUAUUGUUUCAUUGGUGAAAACACCACUUUAGCAUGUUUUUAAACUAUAAUUUGUUUUUGUAAUUUACGUAAGACCUGGUUUUGCUCUUAGUCGAAAAUGAAGACAGUAGCUCUGUACAGGGAUUUAUCUAUGUUGGUCUUCAUCUGAGAAGUGAAGGAAUUUCCUCAUGUUAUGUUUAAGAAAAUAUCUACUUUCUAAACACAAAAAUCCCCAUUAUGUCUGUUCUGUUUUGAUGGAAUUCCUGAACAAAUCCUAACCAUUGCAGUCCCAGUAAAACUAAAGAUAAGGCAUUGUAUUGUAUGUCAAGUAGGCUUCAUUGCACGUAUGUAUUGUCAUUUCCUCACGCCCUUGCCUCUCUACGAUUUGCAGUGUCCCGUGUCACCUUCCCAGAGAACUUUCAUUGAAGGUAAAAGCUGUGCAAAAGGCAUGAGACUCAGGCCUAUUCUUUUGUCUAAAUGAUGAAAAAAAUAUAAAUUAUUUUCUAAGUAAUAAAUAUAUGAAAAUUAUCAUUGUAAAUAAAGUCUAAAGUUUGAAACAA